AUGGCCUGUACUCAAGUCGUAUCUGUCUUACUGUCUUGGAUAGGGGCUGCGAUCGGACGUCAAAGUCAAGCUAGCCCUGCCAGGUCUCAGCGAGCGCAGCCGAGCUCUGCAACUCAAUACGAAGGACAUAUUGUGGCUGCUCAAGUGCCAGCCUAUAUGUCUCCACCUGCCAUGAAAGUGUCAGACAAAGAAUACGACCAAGACCAAACGGACACUAUGCACGAAACUCAAAUAACCGACUCACGUCAGGAGGUUGUUAGCGGAGACACAGAGGAGAGUCCUUCGACUACAUCAUCGAUCAUAGACUUGGACGGACUGAUCGACGAGAGCCCACGGCCACCCAGGGACUCCUUCCAAGUGUGGAUAGCACACUCCACCAAAAUAAUGCAACCUGAACUCCGAGAAAAUUCUAGCAAGGAGGAUUCUAGCGAUUGGUUAAUCAUACCGCGAAAGCCUUGA